AUGAAAACUAUAAAUGAAACUGCAGAUAAAGUCAAAGAAGUGUUGAAUGAAGCCAUCAAUUCUGCAGUUAAGGGAUUGAAAGAAGAUGUAGGGAAAUGUAGAGUACUGUACAGUUCUUUAGAAACACUGCAUGGAACUGUUUGCAAGACUGUGCUUUAUCCCUUUAAUGGCUUUUGGUACAGCAUAGGCUGGUGCCUGUUCUUUUUCAUUCCAAGCAUCAUCUUUGCAAUGCUACUUGCUGGUCAGUAUCGCAAGACAGAGGAAUAUGACCCAAAGCGCGAUGAUUUUGAUCAAAGUAACUAUGAGGAAGACUAUCAAGGGGCUUUUCCUGGGGACCAUAUAGCAUUAGAUGACAUGAGCAGGAGACGGGGAAAACAAGAGCGCAAUGGCGUAAGCAAUGCAGGAUAUGAUGACAGGAGAGGAGGAGGAGGGGGAUAUCCCUAUAACAGUGGUGGUGGUGGUGGCGACCGCUAUGAUGAUAAUCGAUACAAGGGGACUCCAUCAGGAGGGUAUGGCCGGGGUUAUGAUGGCUAUCAUGAUAAUCGUAGUUAUGGCGGGGGGUAUGGUGGUAGGGGAUCUUAUGAUCGAAGUGAUUCAUACGUUGAACCUGUAGCCCCACCCAGUUACCACGCUGCCGCUUAUGGAAACCACUGGCAGAACAACAGACACUACUAGAACUUGAGUGAGGUAUCACCAAUUCACCCUUACCACCAGACCAGAUAAAAGUAUCUGCAGAAGAUCUCCUGAGGGCCAUCAAAUUGGUGCUUUAAGAAACAUCGUUAUUUCCAUCUUAUUCCUUUAUACAGCGAGCUGAUAUUUAGAUUCAUGACUUUAUUAUAAUCAAGAGUUUCUGGAGUGGAGUUCUUUGAUACUUACAAGCCUACAUAUCAACUAAGGAGUUUUGAUUUUUUAAACCUAUAGCAAUACUUAGAUUAACAAAAACUGUAUACACCUUCAAGUGAAAGGGAAAAAAAGAGUACAAGAAAAAUACAGAUUGUGGCAAUGACAAGGGUCAUUUGAUGGAUGUACAGAGCAUAGAGUGAAGGUGCAAGUAACAGUGGUAGUCACUGAUUGCCUUAAAAAACAUAGGAGCAACUAGAGUGUGAGUUUGUCAAAGUACACUGCAUGUAAAUAGUACAUUUGUAAAAAGAGGUAAUUGUGAUGAAAAUUGAAAGCUAAUUUUUUUCCAAUCAGAGGAUAUUAUUUUUAACAGCGGUUUGGUAGAUUUGAAGCCGAAAUUUAAAUGGGUGCUCUCCCAUAUGAGUUGGAGUAUCUCUGUAUCAACCUAGAAAGGAACUUACACUGUCGUGGUUAUUAAUGUAUCGGAGCUAGGUAAAAGUUAAAUAUUGGCUUACAGUAAUUUGAAAUCAAGCUAUAAUUCCAUCGAAGAGCAAAUGAAUUAUCUUGGCUCUUUUAUCUUUUGUAUGUCAUUAAUUUAUACUUGAUGGUUGUGAAAUUUAUUUUAACAUAUUCGUAUAUGUUAAUUCAAGAGUUAAAUUUUAGGGUAAAAGUUGUGAGUCAUCUAAGGACUGUAUUUUACAUGAAUGAGUGAGUAAUUGUUAAAAUUGAAUGACUUUGGGUAAAAGAUAUUGCUACUAGAUGUUGAAUCAGUUUGUCUCCAGGAAGCUUUAAACCGUGUGCUGGUCACAUGAUUAAAUAAUCUGAUUGUUUAACAAAAAUUGUUAAGUAUAUAUUAUAUAACAUGUUUAUUGUUGCAUUUAAAUCAGUGAAAAUCUAAGGUGGAAUACAUUUGUUGAUUAACUGGGAGCUUAUUAAGUCAUUUAAGCAGUAUUUUGAAGGCAAACUUUGAAAAUAAUUCGAAGUUAUUGCUGCAUUUAAGACAUUUUGUUUGUCAAUGUUUCCAGAAAGUGAUUGUCUUCACCUUUGAUUGUAAAUAACUUACUUGUUGAGAGAACUGUCUGCACUAACAAAUUUUAGUACGAAAAUUAUUUUAAUUAGAAAGUAAUGGUUGUGCACUCAAUGUUGUACACAAAAGCUUUGUGCAAAGCUUAUCAUCAAUUAUAGUUUCUUAGUCCCAGGUAUAGGACAGAUAGUAUUGCCUUUGCUAUUUCCCCAAUAUUGCAUUAAAAUAUUAGGUUUUUGCUUGGCAUGGACAUAUAAAGUUAUGUACCAGUAUGUUAAAAUGGUUAAUUCAGAAAUUAAAUCAAAAUCAAUAUUUUUAUAAAAGACAGUUCUUUUUUAUGCAUUUAUAAAAUUUAUUGGGGAGGGAAAUGUACCAAUUUAUGAUAAUUUGUACUUCUUUGGAUUAUUGCAUUAAUGAAAUGGGAAAUGCUGUAGAGUAAUUUGAUUUAAAAUUUUAAUUCUUGUAUUAUAUUUCCUCUUUAUGUUUUUUAAAAUUAAAUCUCGAUUCUUCAUAGACAGUUGCCCUUUAGAUAUUUGCCUUGCCUGUUUUGGCAAGGAUAGAUUGAUUGCUAGCCAUAUUAUAUAUUAAAAGCAUAAUACAUGUAUUACCCAAGACAAACCAAGUUUGACAAUUACUUGAGCGCAAUAUAACCCAAAAUAGCAAUACAAACAAUUUGGUCACGUGUACAUACAGCACUCGUGGAAGCACUACUGACUUGAAGUUAAUUUAGAUCUUGUUUUAGUAUUAAAGAAUUAAUUUUUAUUAAUUUCCAAGAUGCCUAACUAUUUAUUUGGCCAAAAUAGAAUACUGGAAUAACAUACAUACUUAUUGACUUGCACCAUGUCAUCGUUGUACUUAGGUUAUGUUUGUAUCUAAGUGUAUUUCAAUUUGUAUCCAUUUUGGUGUUAUUUACUAGUUUGAAAUAUCCCAGUGACUUUGUCUGUUGUUAUCACCACCAUUUUGUAAGAGUAUUAAUAUUGUCGCACUAUGCAAUUGACAUGUGUACAUUUCAAUCAAGUUGUGAAGUCAGGGAAGAAAGGUGCCUUUGUUAUUGAAUACAAACUUGAGUUUUGUUGGAACUUUAAACACAUAUAAUGAUUUCCUAUUGCUUUAAAUCUUUGCUUAUUUCCAAAUCAGCAUUCCAAUUUAAAAUCAAAAGCAUUUUGUCAUGAAGUGCUAUGCAGCUCUUAUUAUUUUAAUAAAAAAAAACUAGUAUUAGUUGUUGAUCCAAAUAGUUAUUUGACUGAUAUAGCAUAGAGAAGAUUUAUUCAAGAGUUUGUUAGGUUCCAGAUGCCACUAAUUCUUAUGCCUGAAAUAUUUAUCUGCCAAUCCAAAGAGGUUUUAUCCCAAGGAAAUACUUGUAUGUUGAAAUUUGUUUUACUUUUUGUGCACUCUGGUAUAGUAGAAUGUUGUAGGUAUACACUGAAUGAUUGCAAAAUAAAUGAAAUGUUGCAUAUUUUAA